UCAGAAACUGUUUCCCUGACAACAUAGUAGAGUCUGCAUUCAGAAAGCAAACGACUAUUGUUAAUACAUUUGAUGUGACAGAAACAGAUGGGAACACCACAAUUGUUGUCGAUCAAGUCGACUCCCCCAAAGUCAUUAAAGCAGAAGGGAUGAACAUUCUUGGCAUCGUCGUGUUUUCCAUAUUUUUCGGAGUUAUGUGCUCGAAGAUGGGACCAGCCGGAAAACCACUCUUGGACUUCUUUGAGGCUCUUCAUGUUGCGACCAUGAAACUUACAAUGUUGGUCAUCUGGUAUUCGCCUAUCGGAAUCAUCUUCCUUGUGGCCACAAAGCUGAUUGAGAUGGAGGACCCAAGUGUCGUGUUUAUACAGCUAGGAUACUACAUGCUUACUGUUCUUGCUGGACUCGCUGUCCAUGGUUUUAUAGUUCUCCCACUCGUCUAUUUCGUAGCUGCUCGCAGAAAUCCAUUUGUGUUUAUGUAUAACAUGCUGAAAGCGUUGCUCACUGCAUGGGGAACGGCAUCCAGUUCAGCUACAUUACCCGUCACUAUGGAAUGCUUGGAGCACCGCAACAAGAUCGACAUCCGGGUUGCCAAGUUUGUUGCUCCGAUUGGUGCCACUGUAAAUAUGGACGGCACGGCACUGUAUGAGGCAGUGGCGGCUAUCUUUAUUGCCCAGGUCAAUGGUAUAACCCUUAAUGUUGGCGAAGUGAUAACAAUUAGCCUGACAGCCACUGCAGCAGCCAUUGGGGCAGCAGGUAUUCCUUCUGCUGGACUCGUUACCAUGGCAAUAGUGUUGACUGCUGUUGGUUUACCAAUUGAUGACAUCAGACUUAUCUACGCAAUAGAUUGGUUCUUGGAUCGGUUCAGAACAGCUAUCAAUGUGCUGGGUGAUUCAUAUGGUGCUGGAAUUGUGGAGAAACUUUCGCAGGCAGAUUUAGCGAGAUUUGACCAGGAACAUGGCUUGGAUGCUGACAACGAAAUUUCAGUUGAAGAAACUAUUCCAGAAAUGGAAAAGGAAAACGGAGGGAUCAACAAUCCUACAUUUACAAAAUUUUGAGUACAUUUUUCAUGCUUAUAAAGAUGUGCGUGUCUUGUAGUGCUAUCAGAUGGGACAACAAUGAACUUGAGGCAUUUCUAAAGGUUAAUGCGGUAGUAAAAGAUAUUGCUACGCGCGUAAUCUAUAUAUAUAUUAUUGAUUUGUAUUUCAAUAAGUGUAUAAUGUAUUUUGCAAAUAACAAAAUCAUACCCCCGAAAAAAAAUCCCCAACAAUGACAAAAAAAAAAAACAUUACUAAAAAAACCAACAAAAUAUUAAUAAAUAUUUGAUAUGAUAUAUGAAUAAUAUCAAAUUUUGUGUAUAUACAUGUUCUUUUGUGAAUCGUAUACAUGUAAAUUACUUUAACAUUAAUACAUUUUUUUUAAAACAUUUAAAUGUAUUAACUUAACAUAAUUUUGCGUUCUUCUUCUUAUUUUGUCUUAUUUUUAUAUCAAAUAAUGAAACAUACAAUAAGACAAGGCAAGCCCUAUCUGUUGCUAGACGAUAUGAGAUAGCGUUGAACAACUCCUCUGUAAAAAUAAACCUUAUAAAUUAAGCACACACAGUUUUAACCUUAAGUUUAAUGAUUUAUCUUAUCAUAAACUUUUUUUACUGACAUAAAAAGAUUAGAUUGAAACGAUUUGUUUUGUCAUUCAUGAAGUUUAAUCUAAAUCGCAUCAAGCGUUUUUACGUCUUGUGAAUGAACAAACGUUCAAUAACUUGCGCGAGGUAGUUAACAUGGUUAUAAUCUGGUGCCGAUCUAUGCCUGAAAAAUGCUGUCUUUGUGACCGAAAACCCAACCAAAAUAAAUAGAUAAACAAAUACACAUUGAAUCAGGGACUGAUAAAAAAAAAUCAAAAUUCAAUUUGUAACUCUGUUAUUAUUAACUUUAAUGGUUCCUUUGACCUGAAAAAGUAUCUUCAUUUUUUUUUAAUGAUAAGAAAACAAACUUCGUUGCACAGUAAAUUGCAAGUAAUGAUGUUUAUUUCUUUUCUAAAUUGAAAACUGGACGCUGAUGCAUUCUUUACUGAUGUUGUUGAAAAUUUGAUUAAAAUUUUCGGUCAAAAAGUCAAUGGUGGACAGUCUACUGGUGACAAUAAGCGAUUUAUCAAAUUCUGUACCAGUCAAUGUAAAAGUGAAUUGCCCCUGGGCCCCGCACCCUUUUUACGGUUCAAUUUUGUUUUAAAUGUGUUUUCUUCAUGGCUCACGCUAUUUUUGUGAUAAUCAAUGUAUUGAAUUAGAUUAAAAUUUCAUAUAUUUAGAGGCUUUAUUUCAUACCACAUUAUUUUCGUAACAACUUUAUUUUGAUUUUACAUUAUCAAUGAUUGCUACAUUGUUUUAUAUAUAUAUUUUGUUACAAAACAAUACUUGUAUUCUGUCUUGGGUACAUUGUGAUGUAAAUAAAUAUUAUGUUACAUAUAUUAAAUAUGCACCAUAUACA